AUGGGAAAAAACAAAGCGUACGUGAGUCAGGAUUUCCGAGAAGAUACCAUCCGAGGGGAGACCAAGGAACAAGAGAAGGCGAGGAUAGAAGAAUUAAACCAACUGGAAGAAGAGCUAGCCAAAAACGAGUACACGAGCAAGUUGCACAAGGAAUUGCUUCUACAGAAUGCUAACUUCAACAAAGAAGCAAACUUACUGAAAUUACACUUGGCAGGAAAUUUAAUUAAAAAUAAGCCAAUACUGAGCAGGAAAAAUGUUGCCUAUUUAAGUAGCGAAAGUGGAAUCCUCCUGAUAGAUUUAAAAAGAAAAAAGAAAAAAAAAAUAGUCACCUCUUUCUUUAUAGAUAACAUAUUUUAUUUUCUAGACAAAAAAACAAAACAAGAAUAUUUAGUUUUGAAAACGUUUAAUAAUUAUAUAUAUCUGUAUCAAAUCAGUGAGAGAAAAUUCCAUUUUGUGAAAAAAUUUUUCAUCAAAAAUUUAUUCUAUAUAAACAGCUUUGGGAAAAACGGCGAACUGUGUUUCGCUACUUGGGAUUUUGAUUCGCAAAAAAAAAAAAUGUUUAUGAAUUUCUACCUGCUCAAAUUUGUGUUUAACUAUGAGUCUCCACUAUGUUACUUAAAUGGGGAGGUAUCUGAGCAGGACGAGACGAACACUGCGAAUGGAAAGACUCAGGGGGGGAAAGCUUCCUCGCCCACCCAUGUGACAUAUACGUUUUCUUCCGAUUCGGAGGAUUCCUUCAACAAUGAUGUAUUUCCCUGCGAGUUGAUGGUGACGAGUUCAGACGGAGAAGAAUGGGAAAUGAUGAAGCCACCACCGUUUGAACAUUUAAACGGCAUGCCCAUGCAGAAUGGAAACAGAUAUUAUGCAAAUCAAAGAAAUGGAUUCUUUCCCCGUGAUGAUGAAACAACUGGGAAGAGGCGAAAGACAGAAAUGAAUUCACAGAAAGAGAGCCCAAAUGAAAGGAAGCAAUAUAUGCACGUUAGUGCAAAGGUGAAAAUAAUGCCACUCCUAAAGAUAAAGUACGUGUACUUCUCUAUGGUGGACAUGAACCCAAGUCUUACGAAACUAGUGCUAGCGAACAACAACCUAGUAAUCAUAUACGACACUGUGAAGAGGAGAUAUAAUCUAAUGUAUUUUAAAAAUGUCAUUUCAACUAUAAAAAUAAGUGAUGAAAAUUUUCUCUGCAUUGGAUUCCUUAAUGGAUUUAUAGACAUUUUUUUGUUUGAUCAAGUGAUGCAGAAUGAUCAGGAUAGCGCAGAAGAUAUGUUGAAGCGCAAUGCCUUUGUGGGCGAAGCCUUCGGAGGGGGAAAAGGCUCUUCGAGGAAGAUGAACUUUAUGUUAUUAUUGAAGGCGAUCCAGAACGCCUACCCCUACAUCCCAGGGUAUGAAGUGGCGCACUAUAGGAAGAACAGGGAAUUGGACGGAGAGGUGCACGGAGAGAUGCACGGAGACAUGGGAAGCGAGGAUGAGGGAGAAGGGGGCAUCCAGAGCAGCUCAACCAUCCCCUACAUCGACUUCCGAUUGAGGAAAGACAAAAUCGUGGACAUGCAGAAGGUACACGUCGUGAAGUACAAGUGGCACAGCCAUGCAGUGUAUGAUAUAACCAUCGACGGGAGGAAAGUAAUCUCCUGUGGAGAAGAAGCGGUUGUUCUUAUUUACGACAUAGACAGUGGGGUGAAUGAGUAUAUCCCUCACCUGGGAUCCCCCUGUUACUACAGCUAUGUGAAUAAAGAGAAAAAUCUAAUUAUAUGCAGUUCAUUGAAAAAUACGAUUCACUUUAUCAAUUACAACCACCGACUGUUCUUCUAUUCCUAUGUGGGUCUACAUAUGCCUCUCUCCUUGAGACACCUAUUUUCGAAUUACGUCAAUGUAUACGAGAGUAUAAAAAAUAGCGUUAAGAUUUUUGAAGGACAGAUUUGCAGCUUGUACAAUUACUCCCUGGCGGGGAGUACUCCCGCUGGUGCAAUCGAGGAGGAGGAAGGCAUCAAUGGGGGGGUCCUUAAUGGAGAUGCUUCAAUGAACCCCUUGGCAAACUGCGACGAGGACCAAAGUGAUAGCGAGGGGAUGACUAGCGACUAUUCAGCGAGUAGUGACGCCGGAGAGGGCAUCCAGGAUGGUAUCACAUCGGGGGAGAAAUCCCGAGGAAAUCUGACACGAGGCGACCAUCGCUCCAAGGGGUGCGAACGAGAGGAAGAUCUUUUAGGAAUCCCAGACGAAGGGAUAGAACUGAGUUCCAGUGGAGAAGACCAACAGGGCCCGCUUGAUUCCAACCCAGGGGGAAAGGAAAAAGGGGGUAAAAAAACCAUCAUAAGUUUUAAGGAAAUCCAGGAAGACAUCGAAAGGAGUAUUUACAACCAUACGAAUGUACAAAAUAAUUUAUACAAAAAAUAUCAAAUGCUAUUUUAUUGUGAUUCCAACAAGGGCUUGGUGUUCUCCUUCCUAACGUCUUUCUCGAAUAUUCAAUUGUACAAUGUCGAAAAAGACAAGCACGUAAAGUUCGUGUGUCCAUUACAGCUGACGUACAAAAGUAGGUCGAGCGUUGAAGCAGUGAACGACUUGGAACUUCUUUUCUUCUCCUUUACGCAGAGUAGACAUUUACUAAUGACGAUUGAAAGGAGGAACUACCAACUGGAGGAGGCCUGUGAGAACAAGGACGAAGCAUUGGUGGAGGCUUUUUUCACCUUUAAAAUAUGGAGGAUCGUGAGUAACAAAUUGGACUAUGAGCCAAUUUAUGAGCAAUCCAUCACAUGUGAAAAAGUGACAGAAACACAUGAACAACAGGGUAGGAAUGAACAAGAACCCCCACAGAAUAAUUGCAGAGAGGACCUUGGAGAGGAACAACUAGAGAAAUACAGAAUGAUUAUUAAUCAUCCCUUCCUUAGUAUUUUCCUCGUCCUGGAAUGUGAAGGAGAUAUGAAUGUUUGGUGCUUGGAAAAGAGCGAGCGUAUUUUCGACGACACUGUGUACACAGAUUACGAGGUGGAUGUAUACCAGACGCAGGACAACAGCAACUACUACAGGGAGACGAGGAGGUUGAUCCAUCUGGCUAGUGUGUACGCGGGGGAUAGCGAUGAUUGUAACCAGAAAAAGAGCCAAAUGUGUCAACCUAAAGAGGAUUAUGAGAAAGAGGAUGCCAAGGAAGGAGAAGAAGGCGACCAAGGGGAUGUCAAUCAAAGGGUAACUGUCAUUAAACGGAUAAACCAUAAGAACCACCCCAUUUUAGGAGGGGACAUUACUAGCGACGGGAAAAUCCUGUGUAUUUGCCACGACAAAAUAAUAACCAUAUGGGAUCUAACUACACUGAGAGUAAUGGCAAUAAUUAAUCACACCAUUUACACAGGCUUGAAUGAGUUCUUAUUUAGGCUUUACAAGGGAGUAGAAAUAAUCCAGACGGACACAGAUAAAGGAGAGACAAAGGGGUACGUACCCUACAUGUGCUUCUUCGCAUUCGAUACCAUUUUUAUCUACUCCUUAUAUGAGUUCCACUUGGUCUACCAGAAAAAAAUAAAAAACGGAAUCAUCGAAUACGUAAAGUUUGACAAGUACAAUUGUAGCUUUGUGGCCAUUGGAGUUACAAAGAGACUUAAAGGAAGGAGUAACCAAAGGGGAAGUACCAGACCCAGUACUAUUGUACAAAAGAACUACUUAUACGAAUUCACUUCCAACGUAUUGAAGAAGAGGAAGUUAUUCUACUCAUCCAGGGAUAGGCCAAUUGUGGCUCUGGAUUUUGCUCCCCUGAAUGAGAGGAAGAAUAUUCCCCUCAGUAGCUUUCAGCCGUGCACAAUGUUGGUUGCCCUCAACUCCAAGUUCCAGGUGUGCACAUUCUACAUUAACACCUACGCUGAAUUUAUGGAACUCUCGUGA